CUGCGCUGCACUAUGAUCACUCACCAGGUUCUUCUGAGAGGAGCUUCACAGUGUUUUCUGCUCCGUGCUGCUCUCUGUCUGACAGAUGUGUCAGCGGUGUCUCUCGAUGAGAUAUUUGGUUUUCUUUUACAUUUUCGAGCUGAUGAGUCUCUAUGUCGGGGUACAGCACUUUGGAAAGAGCUGUGUAAUUGGCUCCAGGCUAACGAAGGCUGCUUUCGUUUGACCAAUGGCGAUCCGGGCUCCUCUGAGGAGCUUCACGCUGAAACGUCAAACAGAGAUGGAGCUUCUAUAUUCAGCUAUGUCCAGCAGCGUCUGAAGACCUUUCUCACAGUUCCAGCCAGCUCAGAUCAGACAGGAAGUCUACCUGAUCCAAGUGAGGCCGAGCUUUUGGUGCGAACUGUACUGCUGACAGCCGACCUUCAGCUGAACAGGAGUGAGGAACCUCGUCUAGAACUGCUUCUCCAGCCCCUUCUGGACGUCUUACAGAGACUCAGCACCAACGUCUAUCUGGUGCUGCAGAAGACGGACAAGAGCCUGCAGUUACUGCUGCGCCUGCUGCAGCUGCAUCGCAGACGCUCGGAUACAGAGAAGGAGAAUGAGGAUGUUGUGGCUGUUACGUUGAAGACGCUCAUGCUGUCGGUGGUGGAAUCAGUGCAGGAGUUUCUGCUCAGAAGGUUGAGCGGGGAACUGAGAGAGUUAUGUGAUGUGGAGAGGUCUGAUCUUUAUCUCUCAGUAUUAAGGGAGCUAGUUCUCACUUAUUCCACUGUGUCGUGGUACGGCUCAAAUCUGCAGCAAAACUACAUCCCAAAACUCACCGCAAACUGCCUGAGGAUCCUCGGUGAACCCUCUGAACAGGUGCAGCACUCAGCAUAGUCUAGAUUCUUCAGACUAUGUUCAUCAUGAUUGCAUGUU